CAUCUCGCAGCAGCUGUGACGUAAAACAUCACGUGUUAUUUCUCAUUUACUCCUUCUUUCGCUCUGUUUAGCGUCGAUUGCUAUCAUGGCAGGAACUGAGCAUGAUAAUGAAUCAUUAAAGGACCACUGUCCUGCAUUUAAGGAAGGCUGCCCUUAUUCCAAGUUGACAGAAGAUCUUUACAUGGGUGAAUUGAAAAAAUGCCCUGAGUUCCAGAAAGGAUGCCCCUUUAAAGAUGCUAACAAUGUCAAGGAAGUGGUUGAAGAAUUGUCUAAGAUGCCAGAAUCAAAGCACCACACAGGAGCAGCACACAAACAGGUACUUGGCAUGCUGAAGGCUGUUCAUUCUGAGUCCAAAAAGUUGGAAGAGAAGGUUGGAGAGUGUCCUGUAUUCAAGACAGAGGAAGGCUGUCCUUUCAAAGAAGCCAGCAAGGAAGGGAAACCUUUGGUAGAGCCACCAGCAGCUGUGCUAGAAGAUUUAACUGCCUCUGAUGUCAGUAAAUUGAAGGAGAAGUGUCCUGCUUUUAAAGAAGGGUGUCCAUUUGCCAACGUGGAUAAUGACUCUCUUUUAGAAGAAAUUAAGAAAUGCCCUGAGUUUAAAGAAGGAUGUGCCUUCAAGGAUGCCAAAACAACGGAAGAAAUUUACAGUAAGCUGUCACAGAUGCCAAGCAGCGACAAGGACUACCACCAUAAAGAAGCUCUGAUGGAGACCAUGAAAGUUGUUCACAGUGUUGGCCAUGAGAAAGCUGAGGAGUGUCCUGUUCUACAGAAAGAUGGUUGUCCAUUUAAAGCUGUUGAGAGUGAAGGAAAGCUUCUUGUGGAGCCAGCUGAUUCAGUGUUGCCAGCUGGGGUGAAAAGGAAGUAUCCAGCUUCUGAUUCAGGUUGUCCUUUAGCCAAAGCCGGCAAAGAAGAUCCGAAGAAAUAAUGAGUGGAUCUCAUAAUGACACUCACAAGCUGAAACAUAACAUGCAAAAACAUUUUUAAAUGAAUAAAUUUUUUGGUUAUGAUAACUAAGCUUUCAAUGAGUACUUUCAUUGAAAACAGUAAGCCAAACCAUUAAAGUUAACUUUACCAUUCUUA